AUGGAACAGCUUAUCCACGACAAGACUUCACAAGCAAUCUCUAUUGUUGACGGACAGUCCCUUCUACGAGAAAAAUCCAACGACAAGCUAUUAACAGUGAUUGAAUGCAAAGUACCAACGCAUGCAAUGAAGUUGAAACAUGCAGACAGGCCACGAGCUUCUGCUGUUGAUGAAUCUCCUCAGUGUCGACGACAACUUAUGCAGAAGCAGUUAACCAUAAUUGAAGGCAAAGAAGAAAGCCAAAUUGAAGCUCAGUUGUUAGAAUUACCAGAAGACAUGAUCAUAUUCGAGAUUGUAAAGAGACUUGUUAAUUAUGCUGAUUACGUUCGUUUCCGUUCAACUUGUAAGUCAUUGCAAUACAUGCUACCGAAGACACCAAGCCAUCAACUUAGCCAGGUCCCAUGGCUAAUGCUUCCAUGCAACAAUGAUCUGAGUGGAAAGUGUCGAAACUUCUUUAGCCCAUUAGAAAACAGGAUGUAUAACUUUGACAUUCCCAAAAUACAGGGCAAGUUGUUACGAGGUUCCUCACAUGGUUGGUUGUUCGCACAUGAUGGGUUUCCAGAAUUGUAUCUAAUUAAUCCAUUCACUAAGGCUCAAAUUCGACUACCACCUCUAGACACCUUUCCUGAUGUAUUGUGGUAUCGUCCAGAUAUGAUUGACGAAGAAUAUCUCAUUUUCAGAGAAAGGUUAUAUCUUUCUAAACCUCCAAUUGUAAAGUCCGCAAGUAUUGCAUACUUUCGACGUGCUUUUAUUCGUAAGAUUGUCCUAUCGUCAAGCCCAACUUCCAAUGAGUACACAGCCAUGGCAAUAUAUGGAGAGUUUGCAGAGUUGGCUAAGAAAUGGACUCGCUACCUUAGAAAUGAUCCGGAAGAGCUAGAUUUUUAUUUUGAUAUCAUAUCUCAUGAGGGUAAAUUCUAUGUUUUAAAUGAAAGAGGAGAAAUUUGGAUUGGUGACGGUACAUCCUUGCCAAAGAUGACACGGCUUGCACCAUCACCUCCAAGUAGUCUUCCUGACCAUUGUUGGUUGGUAAGAAUGACAUCCGGAGAUUUUGUGCUACUGAACAGAAGUCCAAAAUGGGAAAGUAUUUCUCAUAAUAUUCCAAUGCUUCUUCGCUACAAAACAACUCAUUUUCAGAUCUUUAAGUUUGAUCAGAAAGAGGUAAAAUGGAGUAAGCUUACAAGUAUAGGAAAUGAAGCAUUUUUUAUAGGAAUGAAUAGCUCAUUAUCUUUCUCAUCCCAAAAUCUCCCUAUAGGUUGGAGAGGUAAUUGUAUUUAUUUUACAGAUGCCUACACAGAAGGGCAUCAGGAAGGAAUUAUAGGUGGUUAUGACAAUGGAGUGUACAAUCUAGAGGACAAAAGUGUUGAGCCAUUGCCAGGGUUUGUAUCUGAUUCUUUAUUGGCCGACGAUGCAAAUAUGCCAGUCUGGGGUGCAUUUUUCAAACAUUUAUAUGCUUUUGUUAAUGUUGUGUACUGA